GUCUGUGACGCCAUAACGCUGGUGCUGAUGCAGGCGGGGAGCUCGCGCAGUCGGCCGUUAAACGUUCAGUUAAUUUAAAUUUCCAGGUUCGCGGAGUGAGCGGUUUCUAUCCGAAAAGAUGCUGCUGUUGCUGAUCCGUUAAUAACCUUCAGAUACUGCUUUUCUUCAAAAGUACUUGCUCAUAUCACCUCCAGGAAAUGGACUGUGAUUCCCACGAUCUAAAGGAGUCAAUGUUUAAUAAUUUCAGUGAUGUUGCAGAUUGGGAGGAGAGAGACUUUGCUGGGGCAGAGGUGAAGGAUAUGAGAGUGGAGGCGGAGGCAGUGGUCAAUGAUGUCAACUUUGCUGUUCGUCACAUGGCUGUCUCGAAAAGCCUCCCAAUUGGAGAAGAUGUUGCCUACAUUAAUGUAGAAACAAAAGAAGGAAACAGAUACUGUCUUGAGCUAACUGAAGCAGGACUCCGGGUGGUAGCUUAUGGCUUUGACAAGGUGGAUAAAUCACUGUCUAUGCAGUACCAUGAAACCAUUUACUCUCUCCUGGACUCACUCAGCCCCGCAUAUCGUGAUGCAUUUGGUAAUGCACUUCUGCAGAGACUCGAAGCUUUAAAAAAUGUACAGGAAUGAAAGGCCUAACUCUUGCUCCUUGUGAUGACAUUUUUCAACAUAUUUUCUAAUGUUCUGGACCAAACGUACAGGACAAGAGGUGACUCUCAUCCCACAGAAAAUUGGUGAAUUGUUUGUUAUUUUUCAUGUUCACACAGCAGUGUAGUUGGGAUCCACAUUCUUGUAGAAUUUCAUACCUCCUCAUUCCUACAGAAAGAGAGGGAGGAUGUUUGUAAGUUCCAUUGCUGUAACAGAGCUGAAACUGGUACAGUCCCUUUCAGAAAUCAGUCUGUAUUAUUGCAGCACUGUUGAUAAAGCACAGGCAACAGGAGGGUGCCUUUGACCCAUGACUAUGUAAAGGGCAAUGGACAUUGUCCAGACUAGGUUUCUUGGUGAGAGAGAAGCAAGUGACCCCAGUGUUCAGGUCAGGCCAUCAUGUGUCUGGUAACUUUGAGCUUCUCCCAACUUUCUCAUUUAAAAAUGUUGUUUCAUUUUACACAUUGUACUUUGACUUGUUAAUUUAGGAAGAACACCUUCCUGUGCUAUUAAAUUGUGAAGUGCAGGUCGAACCUCUGGAGUAACAGAUUCCAAAGUCAGAAAAUUCAACCACUUCAAAAAAAAAUUAAUGUAUGUUUUAUGAAAAUAAUAAAAUAUUUUGGACGCAG